ACCUUUACCACCACACACAGAAGCAUGAGCUGGUUCAGAGGGAAGAAGGAGCCGGAGCCGGAGUCCACGCCGGAGCCGACGUUCUCGUCGGACACCUCGGCGUUCGAGGGAUCCACCAACUUCGCGAGCGGCCCUCCUAGCCGAGGGGGAGGCGGCGCAACGUCGGCGGGAAUGGGUGAUCUACAGGCGGCGAUGCAAAUCGAGCAACAGAAGGCUCAGAUGCAGGCGAUCGUUUCCCGGCUCACCGACCUGGCUUUCACGAAGUGCAUACAGAAGCCGUCCUCGUCGCUCUCCAGCUCGGAACAGAGCUGCAUCAAUGCCACCGUCUUGAAAUACUUCGACACGAGCGAGUUCGUUUUGGGGCGACUAAUGAAGUCUCAGCAGGGCGGGGGCGAUAUUUAGCUGUUCUUAAGCUGCACCCCCCCCCUCCCCCCCCUCACUAGGAUUUAGAUGAUAAGACUGCCUGUCGUGUGCCUUGGUUGCAAAAGAGUUGGUUGCGCCUGCUUCGUUCCGUGCCGAGGCGGUGUAUGACGUGUAGGCGCCCUGCUUGUAGAACUGCGGUGGCCCGAUGUUUGCAACCGCUCAAGGUGCUCACUCCUGACGUUGCUUUUGGUUUUCCGUUUUGUAGGGUGGUUUACCAGGCGUUUGUUGACGCAUUUCCCCUUUCGGGGACCGAAAGCAGUCCCUCAUUGAAGUUGUCAGCUGGCCCAGUUAAGGGCUAUCGAAACGCAGAAUGCAUGUGCCUCGGGCGCACGUAGAAUACUGCGACCACCCUCACAUCUUUGGACAGUAUUGCGCAGAUGGUUGCCGUGUUUCCCACAUACAAGUACGACGUCGUGCUCCCAAUACACUUUACACAGCUGGGUUGUGUGCGAAAGUAUGGCAUUGGGCACGCACGCCCGUAUGCAUACGAAUCCCUACUGCUGUACGGCAUCAAUCUCGAGGAAAUUUUGAGAUCGACAAACGCCGGUGGUAUUGGCAACCGACCUUGUGCUCGUCUCAAGCCUUCCGCACGCGUUGAUACUCUAUUUACAUGCUGCAGGGCAAAGCAGCCAUAGUCCAAGGCCCCCCUAGGGCUCGGCAUACGCUGCGUACGGCGUGCUUCCACGGCAAGUCACCCCCGUUCCUUCCCCAGUGAGGGCGGGGCAGUCAACGUUAGGCCCGAGCGAUUUAUCACCUUUUUUGACUCGUGUGGUACGCCCGGUGUCUGAAGCACAAGGGAUGAGCGAAUAAUUAAAAUCACUGGCCCUG